AUGUGGCUCCAACGGUACCUAGCGUCGUUUGCGGUGGUGCUACCGCUUGUCGCCGCCUACACCGUGCUCGACUCUCGAAAUGGCAUCGCCUGUGAGCUUCUAAAGGCUCCUGAACCGAUAAAGCUCGAAGCCAACGGCGCCGCCCUGUUGGUGGCGUUUCGCCUCAAAAACCAUGACGAAUACCACCUCCCGUCAGCUACCGAGUACCGGGUGGACUACCAGGCCCAGAAGUGUGAUUUUAAUUGGCACGAACGCUUUUCUGGCAUCGAAUCACUGGGGUUCCAUAUCGAGGAUUUGGUCGACAGUGACGGGCGGGUAACUAUCCUUGCUCAAGAUAUUUUGGAAGGGGAUGACUCGGGAAUCAUCUGUGUUGCUGCCUCGCAAAUUACCGAUGAAACUCGUGAAGUUAGAGUCCAUUUUGGUUCUGGUUUGACCUGGACGGAAAAACGGUACGCUAAAGUGCUUGCGGUGGUUGUAAUUGUUGGAUGGCUAAUGGCAGCGUUUCUUAGACGCCAUAUUAAGCAAUACCGAGGCGUUUCUUUGGUCCUGGAAGGGGUAAUCCACUAUGUACUCCUCCCGUUACUCAUUGCCGUAACCGUCCGGUGGCUGUGGCUUUUCCUUCGCGGAGUCAUCAGUAUCUCGCUUGAUCUGUGGUUAGCUCUGGUCAUCAAUCAGAGCACUUUGAAAGGGAUGGAGAUCACGAGAAUCAUGGCGAUGAUGCUGUUAUACUUUUUCUGCUGUGGCUACGGUACUUUAUACUACAUCAAGGGUGACCAUCCAGAGUUCCAACGCAUGCCUGAUAACCUCUGGCUUUGGGGCCGCAGCCGCUUCAUCUGGCUCAUGGCCCUCUCCAUGAUCAUGCCCCUCACCGACGUGCUGGCGCUGCCGGUGAAGCUCUUUGUGUUACCCGUCGAUGCCUCGUCAGUGAACGUGUUCCAAGCGAUUGCGUCUUUAUUCUACGGGAUGAUUGGCUUUGUCGUGUGGUGUAAGACGAUAUUCAACUUCUUUAAGACGAGCCGCCAGCUCCGCCAGUUCCCUGACGCCGUGCCUACAGGAAAUGGGAAUGAGAUUGCCGCUAAGUUUAACAAGCUGAUGAUGGUGGUGCUUGUAUUCCCCAUGGUAUUGGGGAUAUUAGGCGGGAUCUUAGUGGUGCCUACACUUGCUCUGGUGGAUGUGGGCAGUAUGGGAGACCCUGCUGCCUUAUUUGAAAAGUUGUGGAGCAGUCGGGGUUGGGCAGCGAUGCUGGUAGUGGCUCCUCUUUCGACCUUAGUUGAAGUUGCCGUGGUAUACUACUUGUGGGUACGCGAUAACCACGGGCUUGUCCUCCAAGGAGAUGAUACCGUGUUUGCCGAGUCCAGUGUCGACCAUUAA